CGGGGCCGCGCACCGCCCUCCCGGCUCCGUUUCCAGCCGGCGGCGUUUGGCCGCUGCACGGCGGUGCUCGGGCGGGAGAGCUGCGAGAGGCGGCGGCUGGAGGCGCCCACAUGUCAGCUAAGAGAUCACUGAAGUUGGAUGGUGGUAAAAAAUAUAAUCCAUCUGAAGCAACACCUUUGACCAAAAAGAAGAAUCUAAACUCGUACUCACCGACAACAGGAACAUGCCAGAUAAGUCCAUUUUCAUCUCCCACAAGUCAUAACGCACAAGAUCUCAGAAAUGGCCUAUCAAAUGACCUCCCAGGAGAUGGAACUGAGCAGAACAAUUUGGAAAGCAGAUUAUCCAGAAGAGGGCAGCCUGAAGCAGAGAAGCAUGCGUUCGCAGAAUUGCAGUCCAAAGUGAAAAGUUCAUUGGUUAGAUUUCUGAAAAUGAGAGCAAGUCUGACAAGCCUACAGGCUUUAGAGGGCAGUAGAGAGCUUGAAAAUAUUAUUGGCGGCUCGGACUUGAAUUGCAUCUUGAGUGCUGAAGUGCAGAAAACCCAAGUGCUAAUGGGUCAAGCAGAAGAACUGCAGAUGUUGGAAAGAAACCAUGGAAAACUUCCUGCCCAAGAGUAUGCUCAGGCUGCCGGUAGCGCUGCGUUCCUCAGGUUGCUCCUCGACUCUCAGUAGCCUCUUGGUCUGCUGCGUGCCCACCAGCUGCCACGUCCAGAUAUUAUGUGAAAAAUGCAUUCCACAUCAACCCAAAGUUCUACAUCUGCUUGAUGGUACUUAAAAGGAGAGAAGAAACGACUGUAAACCAAUCUCCCCUCCAAAUACCAGUUCGGGAUUGCUCAUUGCGCUAGGCAGGUGCACAUCUAGAUAAAAUUUCUGGCAUCUAUUUAAACUUACCAAUGUGCACAACAAGAUAAUCUCAAUGUAAAUAAUACAUUUCUUCAUGGUUGUUUUAUGCAACUGUGUACAGAAGGCUGAUUUAGAUUUACUGAUGCAUGGAAUAUAAACUAUUUUUUCUGUAUGUUCUUACCACAAAUGUAUUAUAAUAGUUAUGCUGCCUUAGCUUAAAAAAAAUGCACUAUAACCCUCCCUCCAAGAACUGGAUGAGAAGAAACUAUGUUAAAAGAUGAGCAUUAGAUCCCACGCCUCCCGGGAGCAAUGUAGAACUUCGCAGAAAUAAGGUGCUCCAGGAAAGGGUUGCUCCUGCUGGGGUAGGGGGUGGUCAUUUAACCAAUUCAUCACCCCGCCACUAAGCCAGCAAAGUAUUUACUAAACAAAUGUGUCUGGGUUUGCAAGAGGCUUCCUAAAAAGUUACAAUAUUUGACAGAUGACAACUUUUACUAAUGAUGAUUGUGACCAAAAGAUAAAGGAAGGAAGGCAAGGAAUUAUUCUGAUUACUGAACACAUUUCAUUUGUUUACAACAGGUAAUUAACUGUCCCUAGCUGCCUGUUACAGACAUAAGUCAUCUGUGAAGAUGUUUCCUCUAACAUUAACCCAAGGCACACUAUAUAAAGGUAUUGAAUUCAAACCCAGUUAAAACACAGGACUCUAAUCUAAACAUUUGCUUUUUAGGUCAAUGUUUUAGUUUAGGUAUUUAAUGAUAUAUGGGGAGAGUUGUUAUAGAACCGUUUCUUCUCCUUCAUCAUGCCCAAAAUCUCCCCUACAGCAUAGUGAAUAGCACACUGCUCAAAUUGGUGAGUUAGGUACAGCCUCUAUUGUGUUGAAAAAGUGAUUUUAAAAGAAAAAAAGAGCAAAGUUCAGUAUAAAUGCUCAAUAUUGAAUGUCAUUUCUUGCUACCCCUGCAAAGUACUGUUACCUGAACAGAUAAACUGAUUUUUACAACUCAAAUUCUGAGAAUCAAAGUGCUAAAUGCGUUGUAGUAUAUGCUUAAACAUGUAUGUACUCAAGCUUUGGGAAUUUUUAUUAAUAAAAGGCUUUUUUGCACUU